AGUAAGGGAGGGUGGAGCUGUAGAGAAUUCAGUCAUAGAGUGUCACAAUGUGUGCUUCAAGAUCACUUGAUAAAAGUUGGAUUAUUCUUUAGGCGUUCUCCAUAAUUAUUGGCCCUCUGAGUUUUGGUGCAUGGGGCCAUGCUGCUCUAGAUGGGUGUGGCCAAAUGCUAGCCACUCCUUCAAAAUAAAAAAUGAACAUUCUACCAAAGAAAAGUUGGCAUGUUCUCACUCGUGAUAAUCUUGAGAGGGUCAGACGAGAUGAGGCUGAAGCCAAAAGGCAGGAGGAAGAGAAAGCAAAGAGAGCUGCACUAGCUGAACAAGAGGCAAAGAUUGAGUUUAUGAGAAAGAGAGCAAGAGAAGAGCAGCAGAGAGGACAGUAUGAGGACCUAAUAAGAACUGGAGGGACUUCUGAGACUAAAGCUGCUCCAGUGGAAACCGAUAGACACAUUAACUUUUUUGCUGACAUGAAAACUGGAGUUGGUUUAGAAGGAUCAGUAAAUCCUGACCAUGAGAAAGAGCUAAAGCAAGAACAAGAGACUUGGGAGAAGAAGACAGGAAUACUCACUUACCUUGUGGACAAAGAAGGAGCAUCCUCAGAAGGGCCGUGGUAUGCAAAAAAGAAAGACAGAAAAGACAAAAGGUCUCAUGAAGAGAAGAAAGCACGUAUGGAUCCACUUAAUGACAUGAUGUCAUAUGUUGAUGCUAAGAGAAAGUGCUUGGACUCAAGCUCUUCAUCAUCUUUGAGCACUGUCACUCCUAAAGCAGCAACCUCCAAAGAUAGAGAGGAGCCACCAGAGAAGAGCAAGAAGAAGAAAAAGAAGAAGAGAGAGGAGGAGAAGAAAGCAGUGCUGGAGAGGCUGAGAGCUGAAAGAAAGAGAAGGGAAGGUGCAGAGAAAGUAAGAAGUGAUGCAUUGAUGAAAAAACACUAUGGGCUUGAAGAAGCACAGGAAAGGAAGGAAGAAGCAACAACAGGAAGGUACAACAGUCAAUAUAAUCCUCACUUAUCAAGAACUUAAGAAUUAUACACUCACAAAUUUUAUUUCUAGCUACAUGUAUAUCAUUAAUAAAAAUAGGUUAUGAUGUUAUUUCUGUCGUUACAUGUAUAAUACUGUGCCAAAUUACUUAAAGAGGGUUCUUUCACAGUGUUUUCACUACCUGGUGAAA